GUGGGUAUGGGGAUAGACAGGCAGGCAGAUGGGGAGAGUGACCUGAAGAAGAGCCCUGUGAAAGCUUGUCUAUUUCAGCAAGGGAAGUUGGUCCAAUAAGAGCUAUUACCCCACAUGCCCCGUCUGGCUCAGAUAGGAGGGCCUGGGGCUACCCAGACAGUGAUAGGCAUAGUCCCCCCCCGACCCCGCUUAUUCCACAUUGCCCAGUAGGGGAGUCUCCCCCCAUGUAGGAGCUGGAAUACCGGGCUAGAUGGGCUCCCACGGCUGGCCAGUCCUACCUGGAAGACUACAACUCCCAGAGGCCUUUGCGGCCCCAAAGCUGGGCCUCCAGGCCACGUACUUGCCCAUGAUGCCUGGUGGGCGGGGCUGGAGCCGUUGAGUUCAGUUUGCAGCUGUGGUUGCUGGGAGACUGACGGUCUGGUCUGAGACUGGGAACUGCCCCCAGGGAGUCUGAGGCUACAAAGCGCAGGAGCAGGGUGGGAGCAACUAGCAUGGAUCCAGGGGGGGCAGAAUCUCAGCAGCCCCUCCCUAGGGCUCCUGGGAGAGGGAGUCGGAAGUCUGAGAGUCGAAAGAGGCACCAGGACCAGAACCCAGAUGUUCGUCUGUCCAAAGCCUUGUCCUAUGUUUUGCGUCAUGGAGCAGCCCAGCUGGGGCUGGAGAUGGGUGCUGAUGGGUUCGUAGACGUGGCUGCCCUGCUGAGCCUGCCCCGCUUUGGGGGUGUCUCUGUGGCCGAUGUGCGACACAUUGUGGAGACUAACGAGAAGCGCCGCUUUGCCCUGCGCCCCCACCCUAGCGACGGGCGCUUGCAGAUCCGCGCCAACCAGGGGCACUCACUGCAGGUGUCAGAGCUAGAGCUGAUCCCACUGCUGGAGCCCACAGCCCUACCCCAGACCAUGGCCCAUGGCACUUACCUGCGGCACUGGCCAGCCAUCUGCCGGGGGGGCCUUUCCCGCAUGGGGCGCAACCAUAUCCACCUAGCACCUGGGCUGCCCGGAGAUGGACAUGUCCUCAGCGGGAUGAGGCAGGACUGUGAUGUGGCUAUAGUGAUCGAUGGGCCCCAGGCGCUGGCAGCAGGUAAAUAUGCCCAAUGGUCUGGAAUGGGAUCUGAGUUACUACAGAGAAUUCUUUCCUGGGUGCUGGCUGAUGGGAUCCAGUUCUAUCGCUCAGCUAAUGGUGUUAUCCUCACACCGGGUGAUGCUGAAGGACUCCUCCCUCCCCGGUACUUCCAGAGAGUCCUGCAGCUCCGGCCUGACAGGCGUCUGCUACCACUCGAGUGACCCACACAGGGCCGAGCCGGCUCCAGGGCCAUGACAUGGAGGAGAAUCAGGGCGGGAGAGAGCAGUGUAAAAUAACAUCCCUAUUGUUCCA